GAAUGAAAGUUUCGGGGAGCUAUUUGGCGACGUACUUCCGGUGCACAUGUAAACGCUACAGCGUGAACUAAGCGUACUGUGACUGAUUGUAGCAUUAAUUAUCUGCUUAAAUUUACCAUAAAAAUACCGUUGAACCCGUGACACUUUGGUGUAAACAUGAAGCUACUCACGCACAACAUGUUGACAUCUCACGUGAAGGGAGUCACGAAAGGAUACCCGCUGCUCAUCAAGGCAACUGAAGUGAAGGUUAAUGAGAUUGAGUUCAACCCCCAGUUUGUCAGCCGAAUGAUCCCCAAACUGGAGUGGAGCGCUCUGGUCCAGGCUGCAGAGGGGUUGGGUCAGCGGCAAGACCUGCCAAGUGAGCUGGUGCCAGAUUAUGAGAAAAACGAAGACUUCCUGAAGAAAGUGCACAGAGUACUAUUAGAGGUGGAGGUGAUGGAGGGCUGUCUGCAGUGUCCUGAAUCAGGACGGGAGUUCCCGAUCUCCAGAGGAAUCCCCAACAUGCUGCUGAACGAAGACGAGGCGUAAACGGCACCAAACACAACCUCAUCCCAAACUGUCACCCACAUGAGUUUUUGGGUAUUCACAGAGAGAGCGAGAAGAUGGGGUCUGGACUCUGGUUUCUGUUGUUGCCACGACAAAAUUGCCCACACUGUUUGGUUCAUUGUAGCUAUGACAUUUAAGCGGCCAAUGAUGCCAGUGGAGGAGGAAAGAUCUGAAUAACAGAUGGAAACGUUCCUUGAGAGUAACCCCCAGUGAUUUUAUCUGUAUUUAUUUUUCUAACUGUUUGGCUCUUUUUUUUCUUUUUCAAUAAAAGUGUCCUAAUUUCCAUGACAGCCAAAA